AUGUUGGAAAUAAAGGGAAAUGAAACUUAUAUAGGGGUUUCAAUAUUUGUAUUUGUAGUAACCUUAUUACUUAUAUCCAAAUUAUUUAAGAAACCAAACAAAUCAAAUAAAUCAUCUUCAUCAUCAACUAAAAAUAUUACAAAUAGUAAAGAUAGUAAUACAGAGGAGAUUAAAGAGGAAAGAGAAAAAAAGAAGGCUACUACCGAUGGCAAUGCAGAGGCAAAUAGCAAACCAACAAUACAACAACACAAGUUAUUUUUUAAAUCUUUAAGAGCUGGUGAUGUUGUCAACUCAUUAAAGCUCAGCCCAGAUGGCAAGUAUUUGUCAUUGUGUGGAUCAGAAAGAAGUGUUAAAAUGUUUAUUUAUGAAACAAUGAUCGGUAGCAAUAAGACUCCACCACAAUCAUUCAGUUUACAACUUCCAUUCGACAAUGCAACUUGUAUUUCCUGGGGUUCAAAUGGAUCACAGUUGGUUUUAUAUGCAGUUUUAAAUGAAUCUAAAAAGUUAAUAGCAUUUAAUGUUUUGGAUCAAAAAAAUUCACAAGGUAAAUCAUACGAACAAUUGUGGUCAGUACCAUUGGAACAAAAAUCAGAGAUUAAAUCAAUUUGUUCAAGUGAUAAAUCACCAUAUAUCUUAACAUGUGGCGAGGAUACUGUUGUUAAAAUUUGGUCAUUAAAAGGUCAAUUGGUUCAAACUAUAAACACAUCACAAAUUAAAGCAUACAUGGCAUCCAUGUCACCUGAUGGUAGAUUCUUUUCUUUAGCCACUUUCAGCUCAGAGGUAAAGGUAUUUGAAGCAUUAAAGAAAAAAGAUGGUCAAAUUGAUCAAUGUAAAAGAGUCAUGUCAUUAUCAGGAUUUAAGAUGAGUAUUCAUUCAGUAUCAUUUAAUUCAGAUGGUUUAAAAAUUGUUACUUCAUCAAAGGACCAAUCAAUCAAAUUAUAUUCAUUAAAUGUCAAGUAUAGUUUAGAUGUUGAUCCAGAGCUUUUAUAUUCAGUUACUUCAAAUUUUGGUGUUAUUGAUAUGAUUUCAGUUAGUCCAGAUGAUCAAGUUAUUGCAGCUGCAAAUCAAAAAUAUCUUUGCUUUAUGGAGUUUUCAAAUGGAUCUGUUAUCGACUCUAUAGAACUUAUUGGUAUCAAUAAAAUAAAUUCAAUGGUUUGGUCAAAAGACAGUCAAUAUUUAAUUGCAGGUGGCGAUGAUAAACAAUUAUACUUUUUUAAUAAUCCCAAAAAAUUAAAAUAA